CGGGGCUGCAGGUCGCCGGUCAGCGGGUUUUCUGUUGCGCAGACGCGGCUGGCUCUGUCCGGAGCUCGGUGUCGGAGAGUGAAUGAGGUUGAUGCUGCUCUGCUGCACCUGGAAGGACGAACGCAUGGGAGAGGAUGAAGCUGGAGAAAGGUUGCCUGUGUGUGCGGGAUGUAAGCAGAGGAUCUAUGAUGAGCAGUACCUUCAGGCCCUCAACAGUGACUGGCACAGCCUCUGCUUCAGGUGUUGUGAGUGCAGCGCCUCGCUGUCCCACUGGUAUUAUGAAAAAGAUGGUCAGCUCUUCUGCAAGAAGGACUACUGGGCCAAAUUUGGGGAGCUGUGCCACGGCUGCAGCGACCCGAUCACCACCGGCCUCAUCAUGGUCGCCGGGGAGCAGAAGUAUCACCCAGAAUGCUUCAGCUGUCUGAGCUGCAGGGCGUUCAUCGGGGAUGGAGACACGUACGCUUUGGUGGAGAGAUCCAAACUCUACUGUGGCAACUGUUACUACCAGAACAUCGUGACCCCGGUGUCGCCGCCAGACUCGCCGUGUUCUCGGAUCCCUCACACUGUCACGCUGGUGUCCAUCCCGGCCUCCGCCGACAGCAGCGAGGAGUCCAAGGGGCGGGGUUUCUCCGUGGCCGUCGAGCAGCCGCUCAUCCCGACCAACGGCUUCAGCCCAGAGCAGGAACGCACUGUCAGAGUGUCCGAAGUGGAUGCUGACUGCAUCAGCCCAGAUGUGAAAAACUCUAUUCACGUUGGAGACAAGAUUCUGGAAAUCAAUGGGACUCCUAUUCAUAACAUUCCCCUGGAUGAGAUCGACCUUCUGAUCCAGGAGACCAGUCGGCUUUUACAGCUCACCCUCGAACACGACCCCCACACUCAAAGGCAGGAUGGCGGCUCCGCGGAGGCCAACGAGCAGAUGAACAGCGCUCUGUCCUCGCCCCCGUCAGAGGACCCCAGCCCCACCCUGCCAAUCACACGGCCGCCCAUCCCCAACAUCAACAACCUGAAGUCCCGCAUCAUAACGCGGAGCUACAGCAUCGAUAAGUCGCCGGGCUCCAGCAACGCUGCGUCGCCCAUCUCUCAGAGGAAGGAGAUCAAUCGAUCCGAAUCCCUCCGCGUCGUCUCCAGUCGGACUCACCGCAUCUUCCGCCCGUCUGACCUCAUCCAUGGAGAAGUGCUGGGGAAGGGAUGCUUUGGACAGGCCAUCAAGGUGACCCACAGGGAGACCGGGGAGGUGAUGGUGAUGAAAGAGUUGAUCCGCUUUGAUGACGAGACACAGAGAACAUUCCUGAAAGAGGUGAAGGUGAUACGUUGUCUGGAUCACCCCAACGUGCUCAAGUUCAUUGGAGUCCUCUACAAAGACAAGAGACUGAACUUUAUCGCAGAGUACAUCAAGGGAGGAACUCUGAGGGAAAUAAUCAAGAAAAUGGACAGUAAUUAUCCCUGGAAUCAGCGGGUCAGUUUUGCAAAGGACAUAGCUGCUGGAAUGGCGUAUCUACACUCCAUGAACAUAAUCCAUCGAGACCUGAACUCCCACAACUGUCUUGUUCGAGAGGACAACACAGUGGUGGUGGCAGACUUUGGUCUGGCUCGGCUCAUGGUGGACGACAAGCACAGUGACACGCUGCUGCAAGGAAAACUGUCGGGUUUAAAGAAGCCCGACCGCAGGAAGCGUUACACCGUGGUGGGAAAUCCCUACUGGAUGGCUCCUGAGAUGAUCCACGGGAAGAGCUAUGAUGAGAGAGUUGACAUCUUUUCCUUCGGCAUCAUGCUCUGCGAGAUUAUUGGCCGGGUGAAUGCAGACCCAGACUACCUCCCCAGGGCGACAGACUUCGGACUGAACGUUUCUGGUUUCCUGGAGCACUUCUGUCCUCCUGACUGCCCCCCCGCCUUCUUCCCCUUGGCGGCUGUUUGCUGUGACCUUGAUGCAGACAAAAGACCUCCCUUCCUAAAACUGGAGGAGUUGCUGGAGAACCUAAAGAUGCACUUAGACAUUGGUCUGCCCCUCAUGUCUGAACUGGACCAGCUACACAAGGCAUUCUGGGAGCAGCACAGCGUCAAACGCCCCGAGAAUGGCCUGCACACUCACCCCGAGCAGCCGGAGUAAAGGCUCAGCACCACAGGAAAAGAGGAGGUAACCCCUCAGAGGACAAAACCCCCCAGCCUGGGUGACGUGGUGGCAGAACAGAAGGAGUCCUGUCAAUGCUCCUCCAGGAGCAGAUGACAUGCUGGCUCAGUCUGAAAGAAAGAACAUGGAUCUAAAGAGUCUGCUGUGGAAGGUUCUGCGGUUCUGAGGUUGGAGAGUGGAAUACAUCAUAUGCAACCAGACACACCGUUCAAAUCACGACUCGUCUUGAAUUAUGCAGAUGAAACUUAGCAGUGGAUACUUGCUUUGCUUACCGUCAAUCCACACGAAACAAAAACGAAUCAAAGACACAAGCAAAGCCGACUUGCAGCUUUUCCCCUCUGAGUGCAUUGCUGUUAUUUUAUUUUAUUUUAUGAACUUUGGAUUUGAAGAAAAAUGUGAAAAAAUCUCUGUGUGCCGUCUUAACACGCAACCCACUUGUACCAGUCAAAACAAACCUUUCAAGCUUUAAAUAUUUCACAGCAUGACUGUAAAUAAUGUCAAAACUCAUUCAUGGCGUCCACUGACUUGGAGUGAACCACUGAUUUGCCCACUUUUUUGCGUGUUACACUGACCUUGGUACGUACCGCUGUAUGUUUGCAUAUUUCAUUCACUUUGACAUUCAGAUACACACCAAGGUCCCACAAUGGAAUCACUGUAAAUGUUUUAAAUAUUGUAAAUUUAGAGACAUAUUUUAUAUACAUUGCCAUAUUUUUCUUAGCUGAACAGGAAAAAAAAAUAAUAAUAUCACUAUUGUAUCAGGCUAAACACUUUUAGAAUAGAACGAAUUGCGAUCCUGUUAAAAAAAAAUAAUCAGUUUGAACUUUUAAGAAAUUAUAUUUUCAAUGCUGGAACAAACUAACCAUCGAUUAGGUAAAUCGUCUACGAGCUAAAGUGAAGUCCAAUUAGAAAGAGCUGAGUGACAAGUCAUAAAAUUAAAAGGGGGUGUAUUGGCAAGAGUCUGGCGAUACGAUACGUAUCACGAUAAAUGUCUUGCGAUAUGUAUCAUGAUAUAUGUACAGAAACAGUCUUUCACUUUAUUAUAAAGAGUAUGACUUAAAAAGAAAAUUCUACCUGUAAUCUUAUUUGAGCAAAGCACCGCAAUCCACAUUUUUUGUGGCAUAGAGUUUCGUUCAGUCCCCAUCCCAAAUAAAAACUAAGUAGUCUUACAACAACAAAAAGGCUAACUGAACAUUUAACACAAGCUAGUUCUCAGGAGAUCAAUGAUAAUUAAUUAAAUAUCAUCUUGUCAGCAUUUUUAAUCGAUAUUGCCUAACAAGAUAUUGUGAUAAAUCGCCAAAUCGAUUUUUUUCCCCUCUACACCCCUAAAAAUUAAUGUUAGCCACAAUUAUCCUAGUGCUGGCUCAACCUGAUCAUACUGGAGUUUAAAGAGGAGACUCUGUCGGUAUCAAUCAGUUCUGAAGGCAGUUAACCUGCUAUUGAUUCUGUUUCUGCUGGUCUUGUUUCAAUCGGAACGUCAGGUACUGCCUCAUCUCGUCAGCUCCUCCUGAAGAUGGGCCACUGUCUGUUUACAUGUGAAAGCUCGCUGUUUUGUUAAUAUCACUGUAUAUAUAUAUGUAUAUAUAUGUGUGUGUGUGUGUGCAUUGCCUAAACGUGCACUCUUCAGAAAUGCUUUCCAACCAGGUCAGACUUUUCUCCUGCACCUUGUGAUGUAACUGCUGUUUCCACGAGCUACACCGGCGUGCUCUCUUCUUCUUCUUCUUCUGCUUUUAUUCCAAUCGAUGCUUCUCUGUCUUUUUCUCUCUUAGGUUAGAAAACGAGGAUGAAAGACAAAAAAAAGUUCAACAAAGAAAGCAGGGCUGCUUAGAAAAUGACAAAAAACAUUAGUUUUUUUCUAUAAUGAUCUCCUUUUGUAUAACAUUUUACUACUUUAAUUUGCACUAAACGGCUGUUUUGAGGCCUUUUUUUCCUUCUCUUGGGCUACUUGUGAUAAGAAAGGAAUUUUGUCAGUUCAGGUUGAUAUAUAAAUGCAAGCCACUGAUGGAGCCUUUCAGCUGUAAAAAAAAAAGGGUUUGUGGACUUCAUCCUCUCCAUAGCGAAGUGUUUUUUUUACCCACUAGGUGAGGGGUGUUGAACUCCUCCAUGUUUUUCAACCAACCGGCCACUGAAGCUCCUUAUUGGCUAAACACACCUGAUCCAGGUAAUCAGCAGGAGACCAGGAGUUUGACACCCCUCCCUUAUGUAGAAUUGGUUUAAUCCAAUUUGAAAUAUGAAUAAUUUUGCAGACUAAAGAGAGUUCUUGCUAUUGAGAGGAUGUGAUGUCUCUGCUCUGCCUGCUGCUUACAGACUGGUCCUUUGUGAAUGAUGUCCUGUACUGUCUGACUGACUACUUGCUUACAGAUGUGAUGCCCACAGAGUCCACAGCCACUGCCAGUCUCGCUGAUAGCAUUUAAAGUGGCUUCCCUCGUCUCUUCCUCAUCUACUCUUUUUGGCUCAGGGCCGUGAUUCUUUCUGGAGCUUCUUCCCGUUUAUUCAGCAGCGUAAUGCGAUUGCAGUCAGACUGGACGAGCAUGCAAACUUCUGUCACUGGGCGGGCUAACACUAAAACAAGCCUCUUCUGGUCGAUGUGUGGCUUAUGAGCUGUAAUCGAGCAGCUUUCUCUGUUCCUGUAAGAGCCAUGUCACGCAUGUUCCAGUGUUUGUGAGCACCUGUGGUCAUUGUGAGCAUUUUUGCAGCACUUCUUUGCAAAGGAUCGUUACCUCUGAACAAUGCUGUGCCUUUGUUGUAAGCUAGCCUUGCCAACGACUCCAAAACAUGAACUGAUUUUCCCUUUUUUAUUGUAUCAUAGGUGCAAAAGCCUGAUUGAAGUGGAUUGUGUAUCAUAACUAUGUUGGAUAAGAUUUUAAUUCUUGUUCUUUGUCAUAUUUAUAUUUUCUAUAUCUUCAUUGUAUGUUUUUAUAUGUUACAUUUCUUUUUGGUCUUAUUUAAUUUUUUACACAAGCUGUGAAAACAAUUCUGCACUUUAAUCCUGUAUGUAAACAUUAAGCCUCUGAGGAGGUUUUUUUUUAUUUUAUUGAUUUUGUCACAGCUGAAAAUAAAACUGUUGCUCUUAAAACAAA